AUGGCCCACUCAGACUCAAUGUCCCACACCACCCCCGGAACGUGUUCAAAGCUGUCCCAGAAGUGUCGUGGUCUGGGGGACAGGACUGAGCAACCAGAGGAUGAGUGCCCCCCCUCCAUCCCCUUCCUCACCAGACAGAUCCAGAACCUGAAGAAGAGGGUGCGCAGGUUCGAGGAGCAGUUUGAGCAGGACAUGAAUUUUAAGCCGUCUCACAACGAUAAAUAUUCCAACCCUGAGAUGGUGAGGGUCAUGAGUGAACUGACCAAGGCUCGCAAACAACUGAAAGAGCUGAGACUCAGACAGUCGGUGUUUGACUCCAAGGAACCAGAAUGUUCAGAUAUCAGCAGUUCCUGCAGGUUCAGUUCUGGUCAGGUUGGGCUGUUGGACCACAAGCCAUCCCUGGAGGAGACGGUGGAGUCUCUGCUGAGGCGUCUGAGAGAGAAGAGACGGUCCCUGGGUCUGCCGGACAACAUGAAGGAGAUGACUCAGGCCCAAAUGGUUCUGGAGAAGAUCACUCUGCAGAAGUGUCUUCUGUACUUCGAGAGCGUCCACGGUCGACCGGGAACGAAGCAGGAGAAGAACCUGGUGAAGCCUCUGUACGACCGGUACCAGAUGAUCAAACACCUCCUGUGUGUCAGCCCCACCAUCUGUACUAUAGAGGAAGAGGAAGGCUCUGAUGAAGAGUGUCUGAGCUCCUCUCUGGUCAGAGAUCCAGUUUCACCUCCUUACCGAGCAAACUGGCCAGCAGCCAGUGAGGAGGACAGCGACCGAGACAGUGACCCGGCCUUUGUGUCUCCGAUAGAUGAAGUGAAAGCCAUCCGUCAACAGACCACUCUCACCACCGCCAACCUUCAUGAAGCUUCCAGGUCUCAACUUCUGGAGUGUCUGCGGGACACCAGAACUGAGAAGAAGAUCAGCCGUAAAGUUCUGAAAGAAUUUGAGGACGAGUUUUCUCGACAGACUGGACGAAUCUGCCAAAAAGAGGACCGUGGUCCCAUGAAGGACGAAUACCAAGAGUACAAACAGCUGAAAGCAAAGCUCCGUCUGCUGGAGGUCCUUCUCAGCAAACAGGACAUCACCAAAACCACGUGA